UAUUCAAGAGGAGUUACCAACCGUACCACCAAAUCUUUCAGAAUUAUUCAAAAAUGAUUUAGUGUAUUUUAUUCAUCGUCAAUUAUCUAAUGGUCUCGCAAAUUCUGGGAAAAAAACUGUGUCCGUUGCAUGUAAAGGUAAACACAAGUUAAAUCAAAUAUUCGGAAGAUUAGAUUGGGGAAUAAAAUAUUAUGAUCAGAAUCAAAUAACAUAUAUAGUCUUUGAUAAUGAUCAGUCAUUAGAAUCUUGUCAAAACUCUGAAAUUAAUCCUUUGGCAGUUGCUACGGCCAAAAGAUCUAAAAAAAAAAAAUUUAAAUAUGGUGAAGUAGUAGUAGAGUGGAAACGAAGAUAUGAUAAAGAUGCUAGUGGUAAUAUUUGUAGUGCGGACAUGUUGGCAAUUAUAAAUUUAAAAGAACGUAAAUCAGUCGCUGAUUUGGAAUAG